UGCUGCUCCUCUCCGGGUGUUUACUCGGCUCCAGGGCUCUCUGAGAGUCACAGACUCGUCACAAAUAAACCAGUUUCUCCUCGUUUGUUCCUCCGGCGUGGGUUUUUAAGGAGGACGCGGAGUCGCGGUGCUCGCUGGCCGGCAGGGACCAUGCACAGCUCCACGGCGGUCCUGCUGCUCCUCGGCCUCCUGGCCGGCCCCGGCUGCUCCCUGGACCCCCGGGACCCCAACGUCUGCAGCCUGUGGGAGAGCUUCACCACCUCCGUCAAAGAGUCCUACUCUCAUCCCUACGACCAUGUGACGGAGGAGCCCUGCUCGGACCCCCGGACCUCUUACAGAUGCAUGCGUCACAGGAUCACCUACAAAACAGCCUACCGGCAGGCGGUGAAGACCGACUACCGCAAGAGGUACCAAUGCUGCCCGGGCUACUACGAGAGCGGCAACAAAUGCGUCCCUCGCUGCACCAAGGAGUGCGUCCACGGCCGGUGCGUCGCCCCGGACCGCUGCCAGUGCGAGGGAGGCUGGCGAGGCGACGACUGUUCCAGCGCCUGUGACGACAGACACUGGGGCCCUCGCUGCCUCCAGCGGUGCCAGUGUGAGAACGGGGCGCUGUGCGACCCGGCGAGGGGAACCUGCCAGUGUCCCCCGGGCUUCACGGGCCGCCUCUGCGAGGACGCCUGCCCGGCCGGGACCUUCGGCAGGCGCUGCCAGCAGAAGUGCGAGUGCGGGAGCGGAGGAUCCUGCGACAAGGCGACUGGCGAGUGCACCUGCCGAGACGGCUUCACCGGGACCUUCUGCAGGAAGGUGUGCAGGAACAAGUGCCAGCCGCGGUGCUCCUGCCAGAACGGAGGCAUCUGUAAGGGGAAAGGGGUCUGCGACUGCCCCCCCGGAUGGACGGGUGCCGUCUGCACGGAAAAAUGUCCGGCGGGAAGGUUCGGACCCAACUGUGCCGAAGAGUGUGUUUGCCACAACAGCGGCAAAUGCAACCCUGAAAACGGACAGUGCCGCUGCGCCGAGGGCUUCACGGGUAGCAGGUGUAACGAGGAGUGCGCUGCCGGCACCUACGGUCAGGACUGCAAAGGCGUGUGCGACUGCGCCAACGGCGCGCGCUGCUACAACAUCGACGGCGGCUGCCUGUGCGAGCCGGGCUUCAGCGGGCCGCAGUGCAGGAACAGGAUGUGCGCGCCCGGGAACUACGGCAUGCACUGCGAGCACAGCUGCCUCUGUCAGGACAAGCACACUCUCAGCUGCCACCCAAUGAAAGGCGAGUGCACGUGCCAGCCGGGGUGGGCGGGGCUUCACUGCAACGAGACCUGCGCUCACGGUUUCUAUGGCGACGGCUGCCUGGAGCCGUGCCUGUGCGUGAACGGAGGGGUGUGUGACGGCGCAACGGGGCGAUGCCGGUGCACCCCGGGCUUCACGGGGGUUCACUGCGAGAGUCCCUGUAAAAGUGGCACCUUCGGGAAGAACUGCUCCCGGGAGUGCAACUGUGAAAACUUUGUGGACUGCUCACCGAUCGACGGCACAUGCUUCUGCAAAGAGGGCUGGCGAGGGUCGGACUGCUCGGCCCCCUGCUCCGAGGGAACCUGGGGCCCCGGAUGCAACGCCACCUGCCACUGCACCAACGGGGCGAAGUGCGACUCCGCAGAUGGAUCCUGUAUCUGUGCCGCCGGCUGGCAGGGCCGGCGCUGCGACCAGCCGUGCCCGAUGGGCGCGUUCGGACCCGGCUGCCUGAAGAGGUGCGACUGUGUUCACGCCAGCCGCUGCCAGGCGACCAGCGGGGAGUGCCACUGUCUGCCAGGCUGGAGGGGGCCCCGCUGCAGCGACCCCUGCCCCGACGGCCUGUGGGGCCCGCGCUGCAACCACAGCUGCUCCAGACACUGCCCCAACAGCGACACCUGCCUGCGGGAGACGGGCGAGUGCGUGUGCCGCCCCGGCUACUGGGGGGCCGCCUGCCUGAACAACUCGUCGGAGCUGGCGGGGAGCGUCAUGGUCCCCCUGCCCCCCGGGGAGAAGGAGUCGUGGGGGGCCAUCAGCGGCAUCGUGGUGCUGGUGCUGCUGGUGGUGCUGCUGCUGACGCUGCUGCUGCUCUACCGCCGCCGGCAGAAGGACAAGCAGAACACCACGCCCACCGUGUCCUUCUCCACCAGCCGCACCGUCAACUCCGAGUACGCCGUCCCAGAUGUUCCUCACGGCUACCACCACUACUACUCCAACCCCAGCUACCACACGCUGAGCCAGAACCGGCCUCCGCUGCCGCACCUGCCCAACAACCACGACCGCGUCAUCAAGAACACCAACAACCAGCUGUUCUGCAGCGUGAAGAACGCCGCCAGGGAGCGGCGAGGCCUGUUCGGGGUGGAGACCAACGCCACGCUGCCCGCCGACUGGAAGCAUCACGAGUCCCGCAAAGAGUCAGGAGCGUUUGGCAUCGACCGGAGCUACAGCUACAGCGCCAGCCUCGGAAAGUAUUAUAACAAAGAGCUGAAGGAGAGCCUGGCGGCGAGCAGCAGCUCCCUGAACAGCGAGAACCCGUACGCCACCAUCAAGGACCUGCCCGGGCCGCCCUUCGGGCCCGUGGAGAGCAGCUACAUGGAGAUGAAGGCGGCCGUGCCGCGGGAGCGCGCCUACACCGAGAUCAGCCCGCCGCCCUUCCACGCGGCCGCGCUGCGCAGAGAGCGUCAGAGCUCCCUGGGCCACGCCCCCCCCGACGACCCCCAGGGCCACUACGACCUCCCGGUGAACAGCCACAUCCCCGGCCACUACGACCUGCCGCCGCUGCGCCGCCCCCCCUCCCCGGUCCCGUCCCCCCGACGGGCCCUUCAGUGACGGUCGGGGCGUCGGACCGUCGGCAGCGUUUCCUCCUCGUCUCUGGGACAGUGAGGAGCCGAAGGCUCUGCAGGUGCAGGGGCCGAGGCGUGAACUGUGGUCGCCCUCCUUUAACACGACGCCGCCCCCUAGUGGGCCCUGAGCGGUACCUGAGCGGUACCGGCCCCCCCUCCACACACGGCCGGUGACGGAGGGCGGCCUUCAGGCACGUUUCUCCUGCUUCCAUCAUCUAACGCAACUGUUUUGAGUUUUCUUUCUGCUUUUCUGAGUUUAUUUGGGUUCAUUACUUUUUCCAAAACGCUUUGAGGAAAGAAAAAAACAACAUCUGGCAGCUUUGGACGAACUCCACGUUGAACUGCUCCUGGAAAAACUCAGCUGCGGUCGUGACACGACGGCAGAGUUUUCCGUGUAUUUGUUCCAGUGUUGCUUCCAGACCGGCUCUGUUGUUGCUGUCGGAGCAGAACUUUGUACAUAAAGAGAUGAAUAUACUCUCAGCUUCACGUGAAUGUAGAGGAUUAGCCGUAGUUUAGGAUGUUGUACAGGGUUAAAGCGGCUCUAUGUGGCAGUACCACCUCUGGACACACGGGGGCAGCACAUCACAGGAAGAAGUAGUGAUGGUUAGCGGCGCUGUCGUCAACGCAACAGACCGCUUUGCCUCCAUGUGGUCAGAAGUGGAAUUACUAAAUAGAAUGGCUUUAACUGGAUUAAAAUCAUUUACAGUAAAGGGAUCGUACAAAUUCUGUCCUCUGUAAUUAAACUUCCCCAAAAAUGGGACUAUGAGCCAAUGAAAGCAUCUCCACUGCCAGUUCACCCAAAGGAGGCAAGAAAAAGGACGAGUAACGAAUCGUGAUGUCGCUCCGUUGGAACAGAUGGUUAAAACUGAUGCGUGACACGUUCAUAACCUGGAAAAUGAGUUUUCUGAUGCUGUCAAUCAUCUGGUCAUUAGCAGGUCAAACAUUUAGGUCCGCGGUGUCAUUAUUUUAAAUAAAUGCAGAGAAAAAAAAACAAGUACACCUUUACUGCUCCCAGAUGGACUACGGUGAAUUUCGUCCUCACCAAACUAUUUGCUUCAUCCCCUCUGCACUAAAUCUCUCCAGCUGACGUUUUAAAUCGUCUCCUUCAAAUUAAAAAGUGAUUUCCAUCCUUCAAUUCCCAUUUUUUUGCAAAAUAAUCCAUAUUUAAAGCCACUGGCAGUAAGAGAGACAGUUUCACCCAGAGGAGACAUCAGUAAACCUCCAAUCAUGUAACAUUUACGAUGAAAUAAAGAAUAUUUUCCUUUACGUGGUUUGUGAAGACGCCGUGUGUCGCUGCAGGACUUGGGAAGCACAAGCACCGUCUUCAGGGUCUGCUGGAGCUCUGGGUUUGUGGGGAGGACGUGUUGCUCGUUUCUGCCACUAGAUGGCACUGCGUCCUAAUUCUUGACCUUUAACGUUCAACAGGUUUAGUUUGGCUCCAUCAGCCGGUUUGGUCUUUUGUAAAAACGAGAGCUGUGACUUGUUUGUUCAAGACUCUGAUGAGUUCAAGGCAUUAAUGAGUAAGAAUGUACUUUGUGCUGUAAAUGCUAUUUUUUCCUAUUUUUUUUUUUUUAAAUACAAGCAUGUAUUUUUGAAUGUAACUGUGGAUAAGUGUGUAACGUGUAAAUAAAAGACGUCUGCAUUUUUCAUAA